AUGUCCUUCGGGCAGCCUCUCUUCUCCAAGGCGGCUACGCUUACCGACGAGACCAACCUCCCUCAAUCUCCGAAACCUCACGCAAUUUGCUCCUCUGGUCUUCGGGAUGCCAAGGCGGUUGCUCUCAGAUUCAAGGGCAACCAGUAUCCCGCUGUUCUAGAAUCUAUUCUGUCUCACUAUUCGCGUAACUUGGUAUUUCGCUUUAAGGAAGAGUCGCGGUACACCGAACAUGAAGUUGAUUGGGAAGGGGUCGAUGAGCCGACCUUCGCCUUGUGGCAUGACCUCAUUCAGCAACACUACUGGGGCGGCCAGUGUCAGUCAAUUCGCAAGAUGGUCUCUUGCAACGACGUCGACACAUUGAGUGUUCUUGCCAAGCUUGCAGACCUUUGUAAGAAAGCCGAAAGCCCCGCCAUCGGUUCGUGGGCAAAGCAAGAGUUUCACAGACAGGUCGACAGGAUGACGACGCAGUGGGAUACCGAGGCCAAUCAAGACAAGACACACGAUGGUCUUCAACGUGCCUUUCUCACCUGGGAAGACAAGGACUGCAAGACAAGGAUCGUCACCAAGUUCAACAAAACACUCGACGACAAAGUCUUCGAGCGCCUAUCUGACACUAUGGAUCCUGAGUUCUACUUCGCGGCCUCAAAGGACAGGCUGAAGACUUUGACCCAAGAAAACACCGAACUGAAGCACAAGCUGUCGAACAUUGUAAAAGUCGAACCCACCCCAUCCAGCGCCAACGUGGCUCUCCCUUACGGCUUUCACCCUGGAGGUUUCUCGAGCGCAGGAACUUCGUCACAGCCGCCAUGCGAGAGCGAGCCCCAGAGUUACUCUGCUGCGAACGCGACCGUGGGCGGUGGGAUAUUCAGAGGCUCCGCCAGUCUCUUCGGCGCCGCAAAGAAAACCAAUUACCUAGCAAAGACCUAA